UGAGUAAAAACAUGGCAAGGUUUUGUUGCCUUGACACUUAUUCUUAUGCUUUGUUUUUUAUUUCUUCUCUUGUAUUAGCUUUUCACUUUCAUGCCUCUGAGGCACAAGCUCAUCCCCAAGUAGUCAAGGGACUCUCAUUUUCUUUCUUCUCCAAAACCUGUCCCAACCUUGAAACUGUAGUGAGAGACCAUCUUUCAAAGGUGUUGAAGAAGGACAAUGGCCAAGCCCCUGGCUUGCUCCGUAUAUUCUUCCAUGAUUGCUUUGUAACGGGAUGUGAUGGGUCAAUUUUGUUGGAUGCAAAAGGAGGCAAAGAUGAAAAGGGUGAAAUAAAAAAUGUAGGAAUAAGAAAGGAAGCAUUAAGAACAAUUGAUGACAUUCGUAGUAUUGUGCACAACAAGUGUGGAAGGAUAGUCUCAUGUGCUGAUAUCACUGUCUUAGCUGCUCGUGAAGCUGUUUUCCAAUCAGGAGGCCCUUUAAUUAAAGUACCACUUGGAAGAAGAGAUAGUCUAACAUUCAACACAAAAGCAACAUCAAAAAUUCCAUCUCCCUUUAAGAAAACCAAUGAAACAAUCAAAACAUUUGCAGAACAAAACUUUGAUGUCACAGAUGUUGUUGCCUUAUCAGGUGCACACACAUUUGGUCGUGCACACUGUAGCACAUUCUCCAAGAGGCUCUCUUCAAAGGACCCUACAAUGGAAAAAUCCUUAGCCAAAAGCCUCAAAACUAGAUGUCCAAAUGCAAGCUCAGACAAUACAGCAAACUUGGAUUUGAGAACACCAACAUUUUUUGAUAACAAAUACUACCUUGAAUUAAUGAAUAGUCGUGGUUUGUUCACUUCUGACCAAGACUUGUUCAAUGAUAAGAGAACAAAGGGAUUAGUCACUUCAUUUGCCAAUAAUCAGAAGCUGUUUUUUGAGAAGUUUUCCGUUGCUAUUACUAAGAUGAGUCAAUUGAGUGUGUUGACGGGUAAUCAAGGUGAAAUUCGCGCUAAGUGCAAUGUUGUAAACACAAAGUAAGCCAUCUUGAUAAAGCUUAUUUGUGUACCGUCAAUAAGAGCUAGCUCAAUUUUCGAUGUUGAUAUUGUUUGAUUGAACAUCUUCAUUCCAGUUCAAACCUAUGAUCUCGCAGUUAUGUGUGAGAUUCAAAUGUAUUUUGUAAUUUCAUCUAUGAACAAGAGAAGUCCUUACUUGUUCAAAAAAACAAGAGGAAUCCUAAGCUAUGUUUUUUUAAUCAA